GUUGCUGGUUGUUGUUGCUACGACGAUCACCGCGUCGAUCGUAACGCGCUCCGUGUCGCUCGUGUUUCUCGACGGCGCGCACCAUGAGCACGAGUAGUUCGAGCAGCGCGAGCCGUUCGUAGAGCCGUGUACGUGCGUGUUUCCUUGCGAGAGUGCCUUCUUUAUUGCCAUUAAUCAUCCGCAAAGAGCGAGAAAUCAUAAAUACCUCAACUUCCCAUCCACGAUUUUCAUCAUCCAUCAACCUUCGGAAAAACAAAUCGGUGUGAUUGUUUGACAGUUGAUCGUCACUUGUUUUCUGAAUGGAAUUUUUGACGCCAACAUCGGUGUAAUUUAAGCGGAUUAUCGCGACGAGUGCGGCACCACGGAAGUUGUGCGCCUUAAUCGGCUUUCGCCAAUUGGUAACAUGCUAACAACGAGCAGUUGCCAUUUUAUUCGUUUGGGCGAAAGCAACGCACGGUGACUAGUGUUUGUUUUUCGUGAUUCGCUUGUUUGUGGAUUCGGAUACAAUAUUUGUGUUAACCCACCCAGCGAGGAAAAAACAUAAUGCGCCAGUUGGGAAUAAGCAGCACGACAAGGAUAUUUGGAUAUUAAUUACGAAUCAGUAUUAAAGAUUAAAACACAAAAAAAUGGAAUCCAACGGUGUAUCGGUGCAAAGCAAGCGUCUUUACGACAACCGCACAAUGCUGAUAAACCCGCCAACAAAUGAUUCAGACGACUCGGACAUCGAGGGCGAUCUGGUAACAACGAUAAACGAGAAUAUUAAAGGUUUCCUCGAGAACGACAAGACCGAGAAUGUCCUCCAGCUGUACUACAACAACCAUCAGAAUCUGCCGAGCACACGGCAUGCUAAUCAACGCCGCUUAUCGCAGUGCCGCGAGGAGGACGAAGAGGAAGAAAAACGCGAUGCGAACAAAACCGAACUGGAGGCGAUUUCCGGCUCGGAGAAAUCCCUCUCGGAAUCCUCUUCGAACGGAUCGAAAUCAUCCGUCAUUGACACCGUCACCGGGCCAACGCAUAAAUUUGUCGUCACCAAAACAAAGGUGGAAUCCGAGUGCACAAUUACGAACAAUACUAAUAAAUCCACUUCGACGAAUGGUAAAACUGCAGAGGUGGAUCUAAAUCUAAAAGACGGUGAAACGGUGGAAUUGAGGGCGGCCGGGUUACCCAGUGACGUCACAUCGACGAAUAAGUCACCUGUCAAGACGUCCAGUGGCAGGCCGAUGACGGAAGCGGAGAGGAUCUUCGCCACGCGCAAAUACUACCAGUCCAACACGGUACACUUUCCGACCACCGAUCCCAGCCGCCCAUCGGUAUAUAAUCUCUUCAGCAAUCGCGCCUCGCCGCUGCAAAGUCCGCACUAUGACUCGCGCUAUUUCGACAGCUCCUUGAUCGCGAUGAAAAGCCAGACGAGCAGUUCGAGUACCAUCGAUUGCGGCGGCAGCGUUGAAGACGUCUGGGUGAAGAGGAAUAAUGCGGAGAACAAGCGAGAAUUGGGUUCACAACCGCUGCCGACGUUGAACGACGAUGGCGAUGUGCUGCCUCUGCCACGGCCACGCUCCGGCACCUGGGGCGCCAAAGACAGCCGUAAAGAGUCGAAAGGCAAGAAGGACAAGGCCGCUAAGGAACGUGACAAGGAAAAAGAGAAAGCCGAGAAGAAAGAACGCAAACGCGAGAAGGAGCGAGCUGCGCGUUCUGGUUCAGCGUCCAGAAGCAGCUCGGCCGAACGUCGUAAAUCCGGCGAAGAUGUUCAAAGUCCCAAAAAGGGUGGCAUGCUGGACGCCUUCCGCAAUCGCUCGCAUUCGGACGCUAGCAAGAAGAAAGGGCUUGCCUUAAUGGCUACAAUGAAAAACAUGGCCUUACAUACUGGUUUAAUGCACGCGAAACCAAAAGCGCCCCGAGAUGGUUCGGCCCAUCCUGUCAGAGAUGGCUCCUCACAUACCCAGUACUAUCAUACGGUGACGGCCGCCUCCUCGAGCAAGAACCCCGUUACCAAGGUGAUGGAUAUAUUUAGGAAUCGGUCACAUCAGAGCGUACCGCCCGAAGACAGACGAAAGAGGGCACAGCAACAAAUUGGAGCGCACCUGCGCCAGAAGUCAUUGGAUCCAGAACGGCGGCGGCAGUCGUUGGGCACCAUACUUCCGCAUCGCGCUUCCGACGCUUUCCUCGAUCCGCAUCACGCCGCUAUCCUGUUUCGGGAUUCACGUGGGUUACCAGUUGUCGAUCCGUUCCUGGAGAAGGUGAACAUUUCGGAUUUAGAAGAAGAUGAGUCUCAAAUCUUCGUUAAAUUCUUCAAAUUUCACAAAUGCUACGACCUGAUACCGACCUCUGCAAAACUGGUCGUCUUCGACACCCAACUGCUGGUGAAAAAGGCAUUCUUUGCACUGGUUUAUAAUGGGGUGCGUGCAGCACCGCUGUGGGACAGUUCACGACAGGAGUUUGUCGGAAUGCUGACCAUUACAGACUUCAUUAAGAUUCUGCGCAUGUACUACAAGUCGCCGGACGUCGCUAUGGAGGAGCUGGAGGAACACAAGCUGGACACGUGGCGGCACGUGCUAAAGGACCAGCGUCCCCUUACCGCCAUCAAUCCUCACGCGUCCCUUUACGAUGCAAUCCGUACGCUAAUUCAGAACCGAAUUCAUCGGCUGCCCGUCGUUGAUCCGGACACCGGCAACGUGCUCUACAUUCUCACGCACAAGCGUAUACUGCGCUUCCUCUUCUUGUACAUCAAUGAGUUGCCUAAACCGAGCUACAUGAGCAAGACGUUGCGGGAGGUCAAGAUCGGGACCUAUGACGACAUCGAGACAGCUUCGGCAGAUACGUCCAUCAUUCUAGCGUUAAAGAAGUUUGUCGAGAGACGUGUGUCAGCGUUGCCGAUUGUGGAUACCGAGGGUCGAUUAGUUGAUAUAUAUGCCAAGUUUGAUGUCAUUAACUUGGCCGCUGAGAAAACCUACAAUGACCUGGAUGUAUCUCUGAAGAAAGCCAACGAACAUCGCAACGAAUGGUUUGAGGGCGUACAGAAAUGCAAGAUGGACGAGACGCUCUUUACGAUUAUGGAACGCAUUGUUCGUGCUGAAGUACACAGAUUGGUGGUUGUCGAUGACGACGAUAAAGUCAUUGGCAUCAUUUCUCUGUCCGAUCUUUUAUUGUAUCUUGUACUCAGGCCGUGUGGUGAAGAUGGAUCACCUGGAAGCUCUGCUUCUGUUCGUGCACAGGAUACUGAGUUAUCAGCAGCGACAGAAGAAGCUGUUUCCGAGACAAUCCCCGAGGAAGAAGAGCACGUACCUGAAGUAGAAGCGGUGGUAGAAGAAGCCGAACCCGAUGAUGUGCCCGACGAUGAAAGCAAACACGAGGACUCGGACAAUAGCUACCCAGAUUCGCCCAUCAUCGAGAAGACGCCGUCGACGCUUAACCAAGAGAAUCCAAUCUUUCGCGAAGUAACUGUAUCCGGCGGUGAUUAAACAACUAUUUCUCUCUUGCAACCUCCAACUUCAGCCGACUGACGGCAUAGUAAAAAAGCGAACGCAUUAAUUUAUUGAUCGCAAUCAAAAUCAAGCACGAACAGCGAUAAACAAACAUAGCACGGGAACGAUGCGGGUACAGAAAACUUUUUCGAUAUGUGUUUGAAAUUGGGGCUUUCCUGUCGCUUGCCCUUAUUAUCUAAUAAUGUAAUUCACCUCACCACCGAUUUCACUUGCAAGCCUCAACUUCAGCGCCGCUAAGGAAUGAUGGAUUUUUUAGUAGAGUUGACUUUGACCUCUUCGAUAUGAUAUUUGAAACGAUUGAUAUCUGCGUGACGUGCACUUCAGAUAUUCGACUAUAAGAUUUAUACACAUGGAGUACGUUAGUUUUCUACAUUUUUGUACUUAAUUGUAUAUUGUACCAAAGACUGUGUAUCUGAGUGCACAACUCACGCAGCCAUUUUAGGAUUAUGUUAGUUUUUUGUUGUUAUUUUUUUGGUUUUGUCUGGGAGCUGUAACAAAUGUGCUACACAUACCCCCCAUUCAUACAAACGUGCAUGUGCUUAAACAAGAAUUCAAACUUACUUGCUGUUUGAUAAUGAUGGUGAAGCAAAAUAAUACCGAAACCAUAAGUUACUCUAAGAAUAACAAUUUAAGUAUAAGGUAAUUGUUUAAUUUGAAGAGAGAGGAACAAGAGUUGCAUGAAGUGACUUCUUUGUUUAAGUAGUUUCCAAUGUUACAUUUUACAGCAUACUUGAGAAAUCAUUGAUUACAACUAACAAGCUGCAUCUGCAUUGUAGCUAAAUUGUAUGAACACAUAGAAUUUGCACAUUAAAAGCAGUGUUUGGUGACUUCACAGCUAAAUUGGAUGCCGAUAGAAUACAAUACGCAAUUACUUAUUAAAUAAAUAAUUAAACUAACAUGAGGGCGUCGGUCGCGUGCGAAUGCACGCUUGAGGGACAAACAGUGCUUGCCAUUUUAGGGCAACAUAUUGAAACACUAUACGCGCAUACUGCAUUCAAAGAGAUAGUUGAAUAAAAUGCACGGUUAACAUUUUUGUAUGAUAAUGCGCAUUGCGGAACUGCGAUACGAUGAGAUACUAUUUAAUUACUGUACAGUUAAAAUCUACAACUAGAAUAUUAUAAUUAACAAGCAACAAAGCAAGACGAUGAAGCAAAAUACAAACGAUUAUGAUAGCAUGUUAACCAGAAUACAGGACACGGUGUGUAGAAACAAAUCCUGGUAUGAUAGUGAGAAUGUUUUAUAAAACAAAUAAUUGGUGAUUUUCUAAUAAGUAUAAGUAUUUAUUGCUACUCGAUGCGCGAAUCACCUGCAUGAACAUUUGAAUGAAGUUGCUGUGCGACGUGAUACCCAGUGCGCCGCCGAAAUCAAGAUGUUCGUACUUCUUUGCGAAGAGAUGAUUCAGUGUAGAUGUUUAAGGUGUACAACGAUGAUAGUGAUUUUUGUUAGUCUCUUGGAACCUUAAAAAAUAAUAGCCUAUAUUGAAUAUAGUAAUUUGGCUUCAGAAGUAAUUCGAAACAAAGAUGAUAUAUAAAGCAAA